AUGACAACAACACAGAUGUGGAAGCUCACCUCGACGCAGGUGGCAGCAGAGGGUGCAACAGACGCCACAAUAAGAACAGUGGCCACCCACAUGACGCAUGGGGCCGACACCGCCAGAAAAUACUACCAGCACCUGGAAGGUGUCAGCCAAAGUGUGGCGGCCUUUGGUGAGAUAUCAAGAAAGCGGUCGGCAGACCCUGCGGAAAACGACGAGUUGAUCGUCCCAAAAUUGAAGAAGAGAAAGAUGUGGCUGAAAGAAGAAGAGCAGGAGAUACGAGAAAAAAUCGACAUGGGGAAGACGCCGACACUGGAACAAUGCCAGGCCUUCCUGAGUGCAAAUACAAACGCCAAACUCUUUUCUGAGAGGACUGCAAAAGAACUUCAGGACAAAUGUCGGACCAUAAAUCGACAGACACAAAAGAACGAAUGA